AUGGACACCACUUCGCAACGAGGUGCCAGUCCUUCUGUCAACACGUCGCAGGAAGAGCGAGACCGCAGUGUGUUGCGUCUUGCUCCUGAGAAGAAGGCAUGGAUGCCUCCCAAAUCCGUCAUGGAUCACUUGUCGGCGACGACGAGUGAUCGUUAUCGAACUACGGUUGUUCGAUUCGUCAAGAUCCAUCACCUUGACCCCAGUGCGAAAGACUAUCGAACUGAGACCGAUUUCUUCAUCGAUGCUUUCUUUAGACAUCGAUGGUACAGUGGGAAUCACAAACGUGAUGGUCCCUCACUACUUCAGGCGUGGAACUCCUACAUCCAUAACCUCGAGGAUGUAGGUCGUGACGCUUGGAACGACAAACUUAUCAAAGCUCGCGAUAAGUUUGAAAAGCGAACCCCGACAGGUGCACGCUACAAGCUGCAUCGUCUGUCAAGGGAGAAAGGAUUACCCUGCCUCUCUUGGGGAGACUUGUGCCCAUGUUGUGUGAACAACUCUGCACGAGCACCUAAGGAGGCUUACCUCCUUACUAGCCCGUGGUGGCGCGUACGUAUCUCUAGUGAGAUGUACGAAGGGAUUGACAACCUAAAAUCACUUUACGACCCUGCCGGGAAGACCUUCUCCGGCGGUCCUUCUUUGGCACAGGAUGUGCCGCGUCGUACUGCUCAACCAGACCCAGUACGUCAACCAUCAGUUGGGAGCGGGGCUCCCAAGCAUCCCAGGACGGGGGAUAGCCGCGCCACCGGACGAGAUAACUCGUCCGACGUCCGUUCACGUCGCGGUGGUUCAACAGCUGUUCAACUAGAUAGCGCUGGCCACCGCGAGAGUCCUCUAAUGGAGGUGGAGGAGGAGGAAAGACACUCUCCACACGAUCAUGUGGAUCCGUGUGUUCCCGAGAGCUUCUUUGAUCGCGUAACGCAAGGGUUACGCGACGAUCUCGAACAUGAGCGGAAUAGGCGUCUCCAAAUGGCGGACACUGUCUUGAAGCAUCGAGCUGAGUUUGCCUUUGCUCAGCUUGAGAACGAGAGAUCUCUGACAUCUCUUCGUGAAGAGCUAAGGGUAGCUCGUGAAAUUGCUGAUCGGUCUCGGGAUGAGAUAGCUGCUCUUCAGACCCUUGUUGAUGCCCACCAUCGGGAGCACAAGGCUCUCUGCGAGAUGCUUGAGCGCAAGGGCGUUCUUCAUCGGAAGAAGCAGCGUACUGAUGGUACGGCUUAA